AUGCAAUUCACAACAAUCGUCGCUGCGAGCAUAGUAGUGGCGGUCGCUGCAGGGGCCUCCUGUGCCGGCAAGCCCUUCUCGAACCUCGUGACCUUUGGCGAUAGCUACACCGAUGACGGGCGGCUGAACUACUAUAUCAGCAACAACGGUGAACCCCCACCCGCGGGCACCAUCCAGCCCGAGUCCAACGUCAGUGCUUCGGGUGGCCUAGUCUGGGGUCAAUUCGUCCAGUCGUAUGCUGGUGUUGCUUACUUUGACUACGCUGUCAGCGGAGCCGUCUGCAGCAACGAGAUCAUCUCGCGGUACUUUAGCGCUAUCGACGGGCCGUUCCCCUCGGUCGUGGACGAUGAGCUCCCAAGCUUCGUGGCGGACGUGGCCGCCCAGACGCUCUACGCAAACAGGACGGCUGAGAACACCGUGUAUGCGCUGUGGAUUGGCACCAAUGACCUGGGCUGGGGUGCCUUCCUAUCGGAUUCACAGGCCCCUGGGACUAACAUCACCACCUACAUCGACUGCAUAUGGUCCGUCUUUGACACUGUCUAUUCGACAGGUGGCCGCCGCUUCGUCCUUCUCAACACAGCCCCGCUCCAGUACGCGCCCAUGUACGCGGCCCAGAGCGCCGGCGGAGCAGGCGACAACCAGUACUGGACCAACAAGACGCUCUACAACCAGACCGAGUACCAGAGCAAGAUACUAGAAUACACGCAGCUCGUAAACCGCGUCUUCCAUUAUGGCGCCGCCUAUGAGCUGUUGGUCAGCGCCCGCUGGCCUGGAGCGACACUCGACAUCCUCGACGUCAACAGUUUGCUAUCUGAUAUCUACCACAACCCAGCCGCGUACCUAGACAGCCCGGCCAACGCCACAGGGUUCUAUCACCACUGCGACGCCAAUAACAACUCCAUCUGCACGACCGAGCCGCAGCCGUUAGACACCUUCCUGUGGUUCGACGAGCUGCACCCUACAAACAAGACGGAUACGUACAUUGCGAAGGAGUUUUUGGGUGUGGUGUACGGGAACUCGUCGUAUGGGACGCAUUUUGGUUGA